CGCACGUGACCCUCUAGUGAAGCUCCACGCGCGGCGAGAGCAAACUGACCGCUAACAGCUGAAACGCCACAGAGACUCGGCCUGGGAAAGAUGGCGGACGACCCGAGCGCCGCGGACAGGAACGUGGAAAUCUGGAAGAUUAAGAAGUUGAUCAAAAGCCUUGAAGCAGCCAGAGGGAAUGGCACCAGUAUGAUUUCCCUCAUCAUCCCCCCGAAGGACCAGAUCUCCCGGGUGGCUAAAAUGCUGGCAGACGAGUUUGGGACGGCGUCCAACAUUAAGAGCAGAGUGAACAGACUGUCUGUGCUGGGAGCCAUCACUUCAGUCCAGCAGAGACUCAAGCUCUACAACAAGGUGCCCCCCAAUGGCCUGGUGGUGUACUGCGGAACCAUCAUGACCGAGGAGGGCAAGGAGAAGAAAGUCAACAUCGACUUUGAGCCGUUCAAGCCGAUCAACACAUCGCUGUAUUUGUGCGACAACAAGUUUCACACGGAGGCUCUUACUGCGUUGCUCUCGGACGACAGUAAGUUCGGUUUUAUCGUGAUCGACGGCAGCGGCGCCCUCUUCGGAACUCUGCAAGGCAACACGAGGGAGGUUCUGCACAAAUUCACAGUGGACCUGCCAAAAAAGCACGGACGAGGCGGUCAGUCCGCCCUGCGAUUCGCCCGCCUCAGGAUGGAGAAAAGACACAACUACGUGAGGAAGGUGGCGGAGACGGCCGUGCAGCUGUUCGUCUCCAACGACAAGGUCAACGUCGCCGGGAUGGUCCUCGCCGGAUCGGCUGACUUUAAAACGGAGCUCAGCCAAUCAGACAUGUUUGACUCGAGGUUACAAGCCAAGGUGCUGAAACUGGUGGACAUUUCGUACGGAGGAGAGAACGGGUUCAACCAGGCGAUUGAACUAUCGGCCGAGGUGCUCUCCAACGUCAAGUUCAUUCAGGAGAAGAAGCUGAUCGGGCGCUACUUUGAUGAGAUCAGUCAGGACACGGGGAAGUACUGUUUCGGAGUCGAUGAUACGCUCAAAGCGCUGGAGAUGGGAGCGGUGGAGAUUCUCAUCGUCUAUGAGAACCUGGACACCAUGCGCUAUGUACUACGCUGCCAUGGCGCAGAGGGCAGUGGGCCUGAAAAUGAUGAGAAGACACUAUAUUUGACGCCAGAGCAGGAGAAGGAUAAGUCUCACUUCACAGACAAAGAGACAGGGCAAGAACACGAACUCUUAGAGAGCAUGCCACUGCUCGAGUGGUUCGCCAACAGCUACAAGAAAUUCGGGGCGACACUGGAGAUCGUGACGGACAAAAGUCAGGAAGGCUCGCAGUUUGUGAAGGGCUUCGGCGGGAUCGGGGGAAUUCUGCGAUACAGAGUGGAUUUCCAGGGCAUGGACUAUCAGGGAGAAGACGAGGACUUGUACGACUUGGAUGACUACUAGGUAGUCGAGACUGAUGAAUGGAGAAAUUUUGGAUUUCCCCUUUACAACGCCGUGGACGAGCGGGGAAGGAAAAGCUGAUGAAUCAGCGACGAGAGGAACGAUUUGUCAGAGCGACCUUAAACACGGUGACUGAUUGGAGCUGAGUGUGUUUGGCUCCUUGAAGCAUCAUUAACACGUCACACAGCAACAGGACAGACAUGUGAGGAAGGAAGGAAGUCCUCCAGACGCAAGCCAUUUCUCAAGCCUCGUUUUUUACUGAUUCCUGCUGCUGCUUUGAGUUCAUGGCAUUUUUAAUAAAGUACAUGAAAAGCCAAGGGGAUUAACCGUGCGCCGCUGUCUCACCCUCAUCAUCCAGACCUGCAUUUCGUUCAUUUCUGCUGAAGUAUCGAUCCCUGAGCCGGUUAAAUCUCUGUGAAGGACCAUCGCGAAGCUGGAUCGCUUCUGUGAACUGCUGAGAAUGGAUGUGUGUCUCGCUUUAGCCUUUAGGAAACGUCCCACCACUGUUUAAAUGGAUGGAAUGUGACUGCACGGUUAACCCGGUUCUGAACUCGGGUCGUAAUCUGAGAUUUGGAUUUAGGAGCUGUGAGCUCAUGUUUUCUGAAACACAAGCUGGAUUAGUGACUUUACUCCUGCAUGAGAACACCAGAGCACACUGGAAGUUGUGGAUUUUUCAGACUCCACUUCCUGUUCUUUCACAUGCAAACUUUCUCUGGGCAGAUUUGCUUUUAAAAAAAAAUAAGUGACAUAAAACUGAUGUUGGACCUGAUCACUCCUGAGGCAGCAGGCAAACGCCAUUUAGACAGUCUAAUGAGAGAAAACACGCACAGGUGCUUUCUAUUUUAACAUGCAUUUCCUGUAUUUUCUCAUCUCUGUGCCUAAUCCAUCAAUAUUUUGUAUGACUCAUUUGUUACACAAGCUCACAUUAAACGUUCUCAUCGUUUGCACAUUU